GGCCUGGGCUAUAACCGCGAAAAUCGAAGUUCGUCAAUUGCCGCCAUUUUUCUCUGUCACUGUAAUUACGUCUUAGUGAGAGUAAGAGAGAAAGAUCCCCGCAAUUUGCGAAUUUCGACUUUCGCGGUAGGCCCCCUGACUCUAUUACUUUUACAAAUAAAGAUGUUAUCGCCUAAGUUUACUUUAAAAAUUAUCUGCCGGCUCUGCCGCACACUAAUUGUUUUUCAUAAAGAGAUUUUUUGUGAAGCUAAUAGCUACCUAGGUAAUAAGCGAAUUGUAAAUCCUUUGACCCAUGGUGUGGUUUUAUCCGUAACUGUUGUGACUUACUGUAUUUUAUAUAGUGUAAGUGAAAUUUAGAGAUUUCUAAAAAUUACCUGGCAACAUUAAAACAAGCUUGCAUUGUUUUGUUUAUCGAAGACGUCAAGUUUUUUAAAAUGUGUUGGGAAGGAAACCGUUUACGAGUAAAUUGCGAUGGUUUGGUUGUAUGUUAAAAUUUGUUCUGGGCGAUAUAUUAGAAAGCGUUUAUUGAAAUAAUGGAAGAUGAAGCUGCUAGUGGAAGUAACGCAGGUUUAUCGAAAUUGUUAAACGAUUCGGACGAAAAACCACGAUCGGCUGUGAACUCAGUGGUUCUUGACUAUUACAAAAAAUUUGGAAGGAAAAGGGAUUUAGAGCAGUAUUUUUCUUUAUCAACGGCACAGAGUGAUAUUAGAGAUCCGAGGAGUUUUUUUUGGCGAAGGAUGAAGGAGCAAAGUGAUACUUCGGACUCGGGUGAAAAAAAGAGUGAAUCUUCAAACGAAAUUUGCAGGAUUUCGAUUAAAUGCUCCAUCCCAGAGAGAUCUGAAACGGAGAGACGGGUAUCACCAUCGAAUGAUGAGUCGGAGUCCCCACCGAUCAUCACUGAUGUCUUACCAGCCGCUUCACUUUCUGGAGAUGAAUCUGUUGAUGACAAUCAUUCACAAAAAUCUGCUGAUGCAACUUUAGACACCUCCAUGAACAAGCCAUUAUCACCAACAAGUAGUAUAACCUCACAGCGGAAGCUAGAGUGGGAUUCUUUGGCAGACGUUGGUUAUGGUAAUGAAAGUGACAAGAAAACCUCUGCUUCAAGUCUAAGCACCCUGGAAAGAGAAGUUCUGGCACAGAAACAACACUUUACUCUUGAUUAUAAACAAAAUAGUGACUUAGGAAUCCCUACCGCCCAUUCCACUCCAGUAGACCCAAAUGACAGUAACCCUAAAGCCAAAAAGGGACUGGGAAAGAAAACAAUAUCAAUUUCAAGAAAAGAUGUUGAUUUGGUUGAAGUAAAUGUACCACGCAAUAUGGAAAAUGUUCAACCAAUCAAUGUUAACUUGACAAAACAAUUUUCUGUCAAUUUGCAAAAAGAUGGUGGCAUGACUAUUGACAAUGUGAAAAAAGAUAUUUCUAUUUCACCAGAAAAAAAAAUUGAUACUGAAAUAAACACAGGAGUAAAGUUUGAUAAAGAAAUACAAACAUCUUUACUGAGAUCCAAAGAAAAAGAUAAAAGCUCUACUGAUUGUUUAGAGAGAGCUUCUACUUCUGCACCUAAAAUUCCGAUUAUGAUAGGCUUAAACACACUGCGACGGAAGCAAAGGCGGAAAAAAAUAAGGAAGUCAAAGACAAAACUGAAAAGUAAACAGAAACUUAUUAGAAGAAAACAAGUCUUAGCUGAGAAAGACAAAAGUGGUGAACAAGUAUCAGAAGCUGAAAGUUUUGAAUACAUGCCAGGGCACAUGUAUAAUCAAAAUCAAUUAAAAAAACAAGAUUCAAAUAGAUCUAUCAAUAACAAUAAUGUGGGCAACAAAUCAAGCCUUGAAUCAAGUGCGGUUCAUACUACGGAUUCAAGCAAAGAAUCAAAAUAUUCUUUUAGCAAAGACCUUGAUAAGACUUUAAAUGUUCUCAAAUCAACAUUGAAAGAUAAAUAUGAUUCUAACUUAAAAAAGAAGCUUGUGACAGAAAUAAUUCAUAGACUUCUAAAAUCAAACUAUGGAGAGGGUGAAACUACACCUGAAUUUUUAUCUGUUUUGAGUUUGACUAAUAAAAAAUCUCCAACAACCAGUACUUCAGAAGGAGAUAACACUGAAGGAAAACUAGUACAAUCAAAUCCCAAAAAAUCAAUACUUAGAUCAAGUAAAUUUGAUCCUCGAAAUGUAGCUUCCACUUCGCAAAGCGCACCUAACUUACCAUCUGUAGUAGAAAGUGACAAACCUGUAACAUCAUAUUUAUCAAAAAUAGUGUCUUCAACUACUACUGACACUGACUUAUCUAACAAUUCAGCAAAAGAAGGAACAUCCUCUGAUACGGUAUUUGCUAAAACAUCAUCACAAGAACUUUAUAAAAAAUAUAUUAGUGCUCUUAAAAAAGAAGAGGCAUAUAAACAGCAUUUGCGUGAUAAAGAAUUGUUUUUGAAACAAAAACUUGUUAGAACAGAACCUGUGAAAAAAGUGCCGGCGCGCCUUGAUAUAAACAAGAAUAGUAAUUUAAAGGACCUGAUUAAAGAUCUCACUAGAAACAACUAUGAUGAUGGUUCAGGUGAUGCAAGUAUACUAGAAGGAGGGAGUUCAAAUUUCGAUAUUGUUAGACAACGAGUCCUUAGAAAACACCGAAGUCAUUCUGUAUUUACUUUGUCUUCUGGUAAUUCUGAUAUGCAAGACCGGACAACUAAUGCCAAAAUUAGAUUGCAGAAAAAUAAUGUGAAUUCACCAAGAGCAGAACCUAAUAACUGGGAUAGAAACUUAGCUGGUUCUUGCAAUAGACCUGCUGUAACAGACAGUUCAGUUCAAGUAAAUAUGAAUGUUCAUGAUAAACCAAUGUCAUGUAAUCCACCUAAAGUAGCUGAAGAAGAAAAAUAUGUUUGUUUAUGCACUGAAAGGACACGAACUUGUCACCACAGUCCUGAUGAAGUUGAGGUAUAUAAGUGCCCUAUCUCAAAGCCAGUAAUGUCUAAAAUUUGUGUAACUAAUCAACAAUUGUGUGGAGUUCAUUCUGCUAGUUCAUCAUUAAAAGAUGAUAUAAAUAGUAAGUCUUGUAGUAAACAUCCAAGAAAAGAUAAACCCAUAGCUGAAUGCACAAGAUGUUUACAAACUAAACUUAGUGUCCAUCCGAAAAUUUCUGACCCCUCAGAGUCAGAUUUAAAUAUCAUAGAUAGUGCAGAAUGUGUUAAACUGAUUAAUGAGCUAUAUAGGAAAGUUUCAAAGACUAGUUCAGAAUGUCGAUGUUCAACUGAAAAAGACUGCAAUUCAUAUACAUGCAAAUCGUCGAAGGAUAACAUGCGUUGCAAUGAUAGAGGUGAACAAGAUAAUCUUAUUGAAGAGUUAAACCAAAUAACGCCUUUGAUAGAUCAGAAACCUAUAGAAGAGAAUGUUAUUCAAGGUUGUGUUGGUUGCCACAAAACGUUUACAAAUCAGCCUGAAAAUAUUGCAGAUAAUAUAGUAAUUCCUAUACAAGGAACUAAUAUGACGCUGAAAUUGAGCAUAGGUGGAAAGGCACUAAAAGUUCAAAAUGAAGAAAUACCAAAAGCCAGAGUGGACAUUUUUGGUAAUGUAAACACGCUUGAUAGAGAAAUGAUCACAGAUAAAAUAAAACCCAAUUUAAAGGGUAUGUCUACUUUAGCUGAGAAUUCUGAACCUUUCCUGGCUAAUACUUCCAACAUGGUAUAUAAACCCAAACAGGGUUUUAAAACCAACCAAGAAAAAGUAUUUUCAUCCCAAGAACCUACACAUAGCAAGUGUAAUACUGAAAAAGAAGAUGAGAUACAGAGAAAAAAUAAUUAUGGUAUUUUAACUGAUUCCGGGCUUGCUGGUCGCAGUACUUACCCAAAGAAGGUUCAAAUCAAUGAAAAGAAACCUCUAUUACGUUCUAACACUGACACAGGGCAUCUAGGAGCAAGUUACGGUAUUCAAACAGAAUCCAUUUUCACCAAGGACAAAGAAACUCAUCCUUAUUUUAAGACUCAAAGGAAUCAAGAUAUUGAAUCAAAAUCCAUGGGUGAUGGUGGAUCGCAACCACAAUCGAUGAAGAGCACACCCAGUCAAAAUAGUGUAUCUGAAAGCUCAAAAUCCAGCACUGGAGAAAGGUUUCAUAGUUUUAAUACUUCUAAAAAUAAAUAUUCAGCUGAAUGGCAGAAGUUAAAGGAGCAAAAGGGCUACGAUACUAUGACCGACGAAGGAAAGCCCAGAGAUCUUAUCUUAGAGGCUAUUAAGGAUAUUACUAAACGGUAUUCGAAAAGCGAUACGGAUAAGCGUAAUAAGAAGAAAUGUUUUAAAGAAAUCAUAAGUGCAUUAAGUUAUCUUUUGGAUACUGAUGAAAGUGGUGAUGGGGACCAAGAAUUUUCACAAAGCUCUAAGGGAGUUCAUUGUUCAAAGGAACAAAGUUCCCAGUUUGAGAGUGCUAACGAUUUUCGUAAAGAUGCAGAGGGAAACAAGGAAAAAGGUGGUAAUAUCCCGGUUUUAACUGCAAAUGCAUUUCCGCAAAAAAGCAAUACUUAUGAGAGAACUAUGAAAACAGAGUGUUCAAGCCGCGAGAGUAGACAAAGGAGACGUUUUAGCGAGGCUAAUGGAAUCGCCAACCCAGAUAGUGUAUUUCGUAAAAUAGAGAAAGCACCCGUUAAGUUUACCUGCGACAAAGGAUGUGGCUGUGACGGUACCUCUGAAUGCAAUGACUGCACUGGGCCAUCUUUAAAAACGCAUCCGGGUAAUGGUGGUGGAAAAUCUCCGAGGUCAGGAAAGAAUCCAAAAAUUGAAGUAAACGAAAAAAAUGCGCCCUGCUUUACAGUAGCUCAACCAAAGAAUUCUGGUCAAGAAGCCUAUACUGUAGAGGCCACCCAAAAAUCUGUCGAGAAGAAAUCUUGUGCAUAUGAUUCUUUGAAAUCCACAAAAGAGAGUGGUAAUUCACCAAAUAAUGUAACAACGUGUGAUAUGGGUUGUGGGUGUGAUGGAUUCUCAGAAUGCAAAGAUUGUGAAGAUCCUGACUCACGUCAACAUGGCGGCAGCAGUCGAAGUGACAAAGAAUCUGCGAGACCUAAAAAGCAUGAAUCUAGGGGUAAUUCACCAACGAAAAAUACUUGCGAUAAAGGUUGCGGUUGCGAUGGUUCUUCGGAUUGUAAAGAUUGUAUGGAGCCCCAUUCUCCAAAACGCAAAAGCUCACGCAGAGAGUCAGAAAAAAUUAAAAACCUUCAAGUACUAUGCGGUUCACCAAAGAAAAUGAAAAGAACGUGCGAUAAAAGUAGUGGAUGCGAUAUUUCGUCAGAGUGCAAUGACUGUAAUUGUGAUUCUCCAAAAUCUCCACCUGGAGAAUGUGGAAAAGAAUCCAGAAAGCCUAGAAAAGUAGAUAGAUGUACAUCACCUAAGAAAACAGUCACUUGUGAUAAAGGGUGUGGUGGUGAUGGCUCACCAGAGUGCAGUGAAUGUGUUAAAUCCCAAUCCUCAAGAUAUGGGAUUGGAAAAUGUAGAGAAGCAUCUGUGAAGCCUAAAAAACAAGAGAGAUGCACUUCACCAAAGAAAACGGAAACUUGUGACAAGGGGUGUGGAUGUGAUGGCUUAUCAGACUGCAGCGAAUGUGUCGAAUCCAACUCUUUGAAAUGUAGAACUGACGGUAGAGACAGGAAACCUAAGAAACAAAAUAGAAGCACUUCACCUCGUAAACCAGAAGCCAUUGACAAACGUUGCAUGUAUAGUAGUUUAUCAGAGCGCGAAGAUUUAUCAAAACCUAAACAACAAAUCAGAUAUAACUCACCCAAAAAACUACGAACUACGUGCGAUAGAAGUUGCGGCUGCGUUGGUACUUCAGAAUGCAAGGAAUGCAGUCAUAAAACUGGUACAUGUGACAAAGAAAGGAACAAAAGACAAGACGCGAAGAAAUUCGUAAAUAAAUGCGUUCAGUCCACCGUAAGACGAGUGAAAUCUUUAUACUCUCAUCACUGUGAUGAUUCCUCAGAUAUUCCCGUUUCUACAGACCCACCGUGUUGUUCUACUGACUCUCCUACGACUAAGCUUGUACAUAAGAUUAAAAAGGAAUGCGAGAAAUAUCAAAAGCGUUGCAAAGCUUGUAAGAAAUGUCAAGCGUCCAGCACAACAACGGUAAGUUGCGAUCAUUGUAGACGUGCGGAGAAGUCCCACUACAGACAUCAUAGAUGCAGAUGUCAUAGAAGUAAAUCCACGGAAAAAAUUAAAAAGAAAUGUGUCGCAUACAAUUUAAUUGUUCAAACGUCAGAUAGUUUAAUAAGUGAGGAAGCAGUUUUUGAACGAUAUCGCCCAUUGCAGAAUGUUAUAGUGAGAGUCCCCAAAUAUAAGCAAGCGAACGUGCCUUUCAAAGAAGCUUGUGCUAAAAUAGAACAAAAGAUGCCGUAUUGUGAUACACGCUUUGAACCUAAAGGCAGGUCUCAAAGUUGGCCCAAUGAGUGCGGAAUUUCUAGCACGGAUGACGUCAAAAUAGCUAAUGCGUGUACUGUCAGGGAUUACUUGGAAAGAAAUCGACCUGACUUUGUUGACAGAUGCGAAACCCGUCAAAAUUGCAUCAGAAUGACAAGCGAGUCUAGAGCAAAGGAACGCUCAGAACUGCGAGAACAAUUGGUGGGACUGGGGUCCUUGCCAACAUUGAACGAUGAAGAGUUAAUAUAUCUAGCGAAGCAACUUGGCUUAAGACGUACACGACCACUGCAACAGAAAAUUAUCAGCGAACGAGAUAUGAAGAAACAUUCUGAGAAGAUAUACAAAUCGCUGCCUGAAGUAGUACAAAAAAAAGAAGAGGCUAAAAAGGAGAAUAUUAAGAAGACUAACUUGCUGAUGGCGAAUAUUUUUAAAAAGGUGUCCAUGGGCGGCGCUAAUCGCUUACCAUCAGAAUCUACAAAAGAAAGCACUGAGCGGUGAUGUAAACAUAUCGAACUACAGCCAAGUUGUGAAAAUUUGACACAUGCUAAGUAAGAUUAUUGUUAUAUUUCAAUGAGUUUACUAAAGCGUUUAAAAAGUAAUAAGUAAAUAUUUGUCGUUUUUAUGACGUGUAUUUUAUACUACGUGUUAGAUUGGUUCUAUUUUUGAUGUUUUGACAAAUAAAUUUAUUUCAUGAGA